CUCUCUUGUAUCUUACUAUUGUUUUCUUCAUUUGCGUUGUUAUUAUUUGUACAUCAUUCAUCAACAACAAGUCAUUGCAGAAAUUUGUUUAUUUUGGUUUAUUUAAUUGCGAAUUCUGGAAUAACAUCGAAGUACAUACAUAUAAAUACUGUAUAAAAUAUGACAAUGUUGCAUCAAAUCAACCAUUUUGGCAGUAAAAUACUACAAAAUGGUCUAAAAUUAAGUGCUACUUCGGCAGCAACCAGAAAAUCUCUCUGGGGAUAUGUAGACAUAGCAUUUAACCAGGUUGACAGCAAUCGUUUGCAGGAGGUAGGAUCUGACCGCCUCUGUGCCGAGUGGCUUAUCAAAAAUGGUGGAGCUAUACGCACUGUAGAUUUACCCAAUCGGUCGUUUCAAAAUUACAAUGCGCUGCCCAGGGAAGAUGAUCAUUUCAAAAUAAAAAUGGUCGAUGCUACCAACUCUUCGAUCAUGAAAAUUGGUUUGGAACAUUUUAAGGGCUGCCAUCAUAUUGACACCGUUAUAAUACAUCAGUGUAAACAUUUGGAAUCGGAUGGCUUAGAAGGCUUGAGGUAUUUGAAAAAUACCUUAAAAGUGUUGCAGGUAUCGGGUUGUGAUAAUAUCACCGAUGAGGAUUUAAUGGUUAUUGGGGAAUUGGCAAAAUUGGAAUUGUUAAAGAUAGUCCAAAUGCGUUAUGUUAAGGAUUUGAAAAAGGUCGAAAAGAAUUUGAAAGCAAAGUUACCCAACUGCGUCAUGGAAAUUAAGUGAGAAGGAAUUAAGUGCGAAUAAGAUACGCUAUUAUGAUGGAUGAGAUGCAUCAGUUGAGUGUGGCCGAAAAUAUGUUAUUUGUUUAGAAAUGUAAUGUAUAAUAAAUAUUUAUUGACGAUUA